CUUGGCGCUUGUCCUCAUUCCGCUCCCCUCCCCUCACCCGACUCUCUCUCCACACACAAAGUCCUUGAGGUCUGCAGAUUCUCGCUCUUGCGUAGUCUGCUAAAUUCAGGUGCCAAAAAAAUAAGUUGCUGAGACAAAAGUUGCAGCCUCAGGCACGCAUCAGCAUCUUAUCUUCGCCGUUCACUUCAAACACAAAUCACACCAAGAUAGAAGAGCUUACCCGAGGAUACUGGAAGCAAGAAGAAUCUGAGCUUGUCAUCCGAAGUGUUUCCUCUACUUAUCCACUCCCUUUAUUACACAUCGCUGCUCGCUUGCAAUUCAUUAUCGCGACAAAACUGUCAUUUCAAUUAAUAGAAAACACUUCAUUGUGAUCUUUCUUCUGCCCAUCCUCACAACCCUUCACAUAUCUCCCCUCUAUUGGGCAUUGCCGUUUCUCGUCAAUUGCCCUGCGCCUGUUUUGCUACUGCGAAACGGCUCAUCCUUGAAGGCAGUCUACUAGGGGAUACAUUCAGUUGUCCAUCUCCACGAGUCUGCCAGUUUUCACUCAACUGGUCACACACUUGAGCAAAGUUUGACAGACCUGACAAUGGACUCGCUCACUACUCAUCCUGCCACUGCCCAACAGGCUCGUGCCUUCACUUCUCCCUCGUCGCUGUCUUUCCCUGGCGGCACUGCCUUCCCUGGUGGUGCUGACCUGACACCGCCUUCCGAUAAGGAUGCGAAUAUGGCCACUAAUGGUCAGAGCGCGAAUGGAAAUGUGAAUGGCCAGCAGCAGGGAGCAAAUGCCGCUAACGGCAAUGGGGUGAUGCCCGCUACUCCAGCUGCGACCCCUGGUGCCAGCGCUCCAGGGAGUGGUAUCGUGCCUACCUUGCAAAACAUUGUCGCUACAGUCAACCUUGAUUGUCGUCUUGAUCUCAAGACUAUUGCGCUGCACGCCAGAAAUGCGGAAUACAACCCUAAGCGUUUCGCGGCCGUUAUCAUGCGUAUUCGGGAACCCAAGACGACUGCGUUGAUCUUCGCCUCUGGCAAGAUGGUGGUUACUGGUGCCAAGUCGGAAGACGAUUCCAAGUUGGCUUCGAGGAAGUACGCUCGUAUCAUCCAGAAGUUGGGCUUCAAUGCCAAGUUCACAGAUUUCAAAAUCCAGAACAUUGUGGGGUCCUGCGAUAUCAAAUUUCCAAUUCGUUUGGAAGGUCUGGCGAGUCGUCACCACAACUUCAGUUCCUACGAACCGGAGCUGUUCCCAGGUCUUAUUUACCGUAUGAUGAAGCCAAAGAUCGUCCUCUUGAUCUUCGUCAGCGGAAAAAUUGUCCUGACCGGAGCCAAAGUCCGUGAAGAGAUCUAUCAGGCUUUCGAACUCAUCUACCCUGUGCUCUCUGGUAAGCUUCCCACGUUCGAUAUCCGAACACCCGCUAAUUUUGGUACAGAUUUCCGCAAGGUCUAAAGA